CAACAAGUAAACUUAUGACACAGAACCUUAAAAUGAUUAAACUACUUUUGACAUUAUUAUUCGUAUUUGGCUGUUUUGCGAUGAAUAUUAGUCAUGAUGAACUUUUAAAUUCAGACGAAAAUGUUGCAGAUUUGAUAAGGAACAAGAGAGAUCGUCCUGAAAUUGAAGAAAGUAUUUCUGAAGGACCCUCAGAUGUUAUAGUGUAUGAUGAUUUCGAUAGUAGCUCAAAUGAAGUAAUAGUUGACAGCUCAGAGUUUAGCAAAGAAAUUUCUGGAUUAGAGAGUAUUGAAAUUGUGCAAGAUGGCUGUAAUGACAAUGCAGCACCAACCAAAAUUUCAUCAAACAAUGUCGGUGACAUCAUUUCUGUUGGAAUAAAAGCUGAUUUGAAACUUGAUAACAAUAUUGAUGCCACACUUGUGAAACUUCUCGGGCAACUCAUCAACGAUCAAGAAAUCAAAGUUAAAUUUCCAGGACAAGAUGCAACUGGCCCUGAAUUGAUCCAAAAUGUUGUUAAAAUGUUUUCAAAUCAAUAA